GUCAAAAGCAGUGCAUCACGGGACAUCCUACAUUCAAAAUGUCGAGCGACGAAGAAAUUUUCGAAGUUGAUGAGAUCUUAGAUGAAAGAAAGAGGGGGAACACCACCCAGUAUUUGGUACGCUGGAAAGGGUUCGGACCCAGUGAGGACUCAUGGGAGCCAAGAAAAAACUUGGGCAACUGCACGGAGGCAUUGGAGGUGUAUUAUAAAAAACAUGCCACACCAAAACCUCCUUCGAGCCCAGGGCGUUCAACAAGAUCCACACGGUCCUCUAUGAAGAAGGCAGUUGUGCCAAAAUCUUCUGCAAAGGAAACCCGGAUUACAGCAGCGGAGACCAAGAGUAUCACAAAGUCGGCUGUAUCUGAACAAAGUGCACAAAAAUCUGUCACUUUGACGAGAUCUGCCUUGAGGCAGGUGUACACAGCAAGUGAAACGACCACCCCAGGGCUCUCCAGAACCCCACUCAGGACAAGAGCAAAGUUAGACUUUGAAGAAGCCAAAGAUGCCAUUUCAAACAGACUGCGCCAGGGUGCCACCACCAGCACCAGAAGCACCACUGUCACCACCAGAGGCAGCACCAGCACCACUUCAGGCAGCACCAGGUCAAGAGCUGUACGAAAGAAGUAUCUGCAUGUCACUGCGGCCGACAUACCUCUCAUCAUCUUAGUGGCCAUCUUGUUGUUUAUUUGGAUCUCCCUGAUGUACCAGUUCUUUUAUGCAGCCAAAAAGAAAUAGGGUUUUAUUAUUUAUUGAAAACCAAGGGAUACUCAGUUCAACGCAAGAGCAAUCAAACAGCAGCAAUCAUAUGUGCAGAAAAAUUGAAAAGGGCCAAUGAUAUUGCCAUGAUAUUUUUACUCAGUACACUUGGAAGUCUUUCAGCAUCACCUGAUAGGGACAGUCAUAGUGAAUGGCUAGGAAUUGCAAGUAACUCACGGAAAUAUAAAGUGUGCAUGUAGUAUCCCCUCAAAUGUCAUUCAGGCCUACCCAGCUACCAGACUCGACACCAAAUGACCCUGAAUUCACCGGUAGAUCUGACCACACUACCCAUUUUUAAGGUGUGCAUCAGUAUGCACUUCGAAGUAUCAGACGCGACACCGCUCUUGCCUAGUACGCGAUGUGAUGGUGAUGAUUCUCAGCAGGAUCACAUCUCAAAAUUUGUUCAGGGGUAUGAUACUGUGAAAUGAGUACUGAAAACGGGUAGUGUGGUCCAAUCUACCAGUGAAUUCAGGAUCAUUCGGUGCCGAGUCUGGUAGUUGGGAAGGCCAGUCAUUGUAAUUGAGUUAAGUUACACAUUUUGUUCAGCAGCUGAGAUAUGAGAUUUGAAUUUUUAAAAAUUUUACUCAUCUUUAAUUACUGUAUUCAAGUGUCAUAACAGUAGUUCAGACGAUAGACGAACAGUGGUUCAGACGAUAGAGGUAUUAGAUCUUAUCCUCUUUCUUAAACUUUCUUAAACUUAAUUACAGCCUGCAGAGAUAGAACUGUAUUUAGUUAGACAGUCGUGAUGGACUGAAGCUGGGACUUAAAUAUAAAUUAUUGUGACCAGUUGGAAUAUUGUCAAUACUAACUGGCAAUUUUUCAGUGCACUUUUAUUACAACUGGGAAAUGGGUCUUUGCCCAAGAAGAGAUUUUAUUCUAAGAAUUUGGGUUUUAUUUGUCGUAGAAACAAGGUUUAGCAACCAGAUGGCGGUUAGGAGAUUUUUAUUUGUAUAGUUGAUGUAGGGAAUUUCCAAAUUUUGGAAAUAUGUAUAAAUUAUUGUACAGAACCACAACUAGACUAUAACAUAAAAAUCAUAGGUGAUAUUUCAAUAUAUUAUACGUGAAAUAAUACGCAAAGCAUAGGACUGAGAAGGGUUAAAAAAUCACACACUUUAAUGAAGCCUUUCAGUGCUCAUUACCUACUUUUAUAUUAUCAGAGAGAAUCUCAUGUAAAGCACAAUAAAGCAUGAACACACUUGGCAACCAUCCUGGGCCUGAGAAUCACAGCACCAGUAUGUGCUCUUUAUGCAGACAUUGAGCAUUUUCCAUGGAAUUCCGUUUUAUAUUUGAUUCUGAUGGUUCCUGAGAUAAGUCCUGAGAUUCGUCAAGGGUCCCAUGAUAAAUGUUCAGAGUUUUUUAUUUAUUUAUUUUAUUUUUUUUUUAUUUUUGAAACCUAGGCUCAUGUGUGUUUAUGGCAGUAUAUGUGAAGAGUAACAUGGCAACUUGUAGUGCAUUGAAACCCAGGGUGCCACUGUGAACUUGGUUAUUUUGUUAGAGGAAAAUAUCAAUAACAACUGAGCAAUCUUUAUAGAAAACUUGGUGUACAUUUAGAAAAUGUAUGUUCAAUUAAGUACCUCCUUUUUUGUAUUGUUGGAUUUUACUUCAAACUUAUGGAAAGUUAACAUUUGUAUAUUUUACGUUUGGUCAUAAUAUUUCAAUUUCAGAAGUAAAAUAUUGAUUAGACCAUUAAUAAUGGUGCCUUAUUAUUAUAUUACCUAAAGAUGUUAAUGAAGAAUCUAUUUUAUUGUGUAUACAUGCAUUAAAACAUUUUAAAGCUUAAAAGCACAUCUGCAUUUAGUUACAAAAUACUUGUCUGAAAAAACUUGCAAAUUAAGAAUUAUGUAUUUAUGAAUACAAACAUGAUAUGUCUUUGUUGUACCUUUAAAGCUGAUCUUCCAGAUUUAUUUUUAGAAAUGGUGUUAUGCUGUAUUUUAUGUAUUACCUCGUACAUAUAUUUUUUUAUUGAUGAUGUAUGUAUGAUACCCUUUUGGAUGAUUAAUAAACGUGAGUGAAACUGA